UCUGUGAUACUAUGAUUGGGGUCCUGUAUGUACCUCUUUGAUACUAUGUUUGGGGUCCUGUAUGUACUCAUCUCCUCUGUGAUACUAUGAUUGGGGUCCUGUAUGUACAAUGUCGUUAGUGAUACUAUGAUUGAGGUCCUGUUAUCCUGUGCUCCACCCCAGUAAUUGGGGUGAGGGGGGUAUAUAAUGCCCCCUCCCCCUAUGAAUGCUACGCCCCCAUUGGUUGAGCUGAGUGUUUGCAAACAGCCUGUGACAGAGCCCUGUCCCCUGCGCCGUGUGUUGUGUCAGGUUCUCACGGGAUAAAUAGGAAGCAGCGAGUGACGAAUAGGAAGCUGGGGCAGUGACAGCAGAGCAGCGGGGGACAGCGCCCGGGCCCGGUGCACACGUGGAGACGGCUCCGGUGCGGAUCACAAGCUGCAGUGCGAAGAGCAGAGAACAGUGCGGAGCCCGAGAUCCAGGGGGGCAAUGAGGAAUCUACAAGACCCAGGGGAUCACUAAGGAAUCUAAAAGACCCAGGAGAACACAGAGAGACUGCAAGACCCAGGAGAUCACAGACUGCAAGACCCAGGAGAUCACAGAGAGACUGCAAGACCCAGGAGAUCACAGAGAGACUACAAGACCCAGGAGAUCACAGAGAGACUACAAGACCCGGGAGAUCACAGAGAGACUGCAAGACCCAGGAGAUCACAGACUGCAAGACCCAGGAGAUCACAGAGAGACUGCAAGACCCAGGAGAUCACAGAGAGACUGCAAGACCCAGGAGAUCACAGAGAGACUACAAGACCCGGGAGAUCACAGAGAGACUACAAGAUCUAGGGGAUCACACAGGAAUCUCUAAGACCCCGAGGAUCAGAAGGGUCACCAGCAUCUAAGAGAUUGCGGAGUUCUGCAAAACUGACCCCAGGAUUUAGGAGAUCUCUGCCACAGGGACCUCUAGUUCUGGGGUUGAGCACUGGACUUGUUUGCAAACUGUGGAUAAAGCGCCGGGUCUCUGGGGUCUCCGCCGCUUGUUAUUUUGGGAGCCCCUGUUUCUGUACUGUGGAGCCCCCGGGAGGGGAGCUGGACGCUGCGGAUCUGUGUAGUAGGAGGUGAUCGUCAGCUCCGCGGCUCAGCACCAUGGCUCUCCCGGUUAGAUCGUCAGCUCCGCGGCUCAGCACCAUGGCUCUACCGGUUAGAUCGUCAGCUCCGCGGCUCAGCACCAUGGCUCUCCCGGUUAGAUCGUCAGCUCCGCGGCUCAGCACCAUGGCUCUCCCGGUUAGAUCGUCAGCUCCGCGGCUCAGCACCAUGGCUCUCCCGGUUGGAUCGCCAGCUCCGCGGCUCAGCACCAUGGCUCUCCCGGUUAGAUCGCCAGCUCCGCGGCUCAGCACCAUGGCUCUCCCGGUUAGAUCGCCAGCUCCGCGGCUCAGCACCAUGGCUCUCCCGGUUAGAUCGCCAGCUCCGCGGCUCAGCACCAUGGCUCUCCCGGUUAGAUCGCCAGCUCCGCGGCUCAGCACCAUGGCUCUCCCGGUUAGAUCGCCAGCUCCGCGGCUCAGGACUAUGGUUCUUCCGGUUAGAUCGUCAGCUCCGCGGCUCAGUUCCGUGGCUCACCGGGAUAGAUCGUCAGCUCCGCGGCUCAGUUCCGUGGCUCACCGGGAUAGAUCAUCAGCUCCGCGGCUCAGCUCCCCGCUCCUCUUGCUUGCCAUCCUGGUCGUGUCUGCCGCAGGCAGCCCCACAGCAGCUCCCGAUCCUCCUGCCUCCUCCCCGGACACCUGUGCAUCCUGCGGGCUGCGGCCCCCGGAGGACCCCGCUGGGCUGGAGCAGGACUUUUUGGAGGCGGUGAAGCGCCACAUUCUCACCCGGCUACAGAUGCGGGAGCGGCCGAACAUCACCCAUGCUGUGCCCCGGGCCGCCAUGCUGACAGCCCUGAGGAAGCUGCACGCCGGGCGCCUGCGGGAGGACGGGCGCCUGGAGAUCCCCAGCCUGGACGGGCACGGAAUGUCCGGCCCCGACAGCCCCGAGCACGGAGCCACCUCCGAGAUCAUCAGCUUCGCAGAGGCAGAUGAUGCCACAGCUUCCAGAGUCCAACUCACAUUCAUCAUUUCCAAUGAAGGAAACCAGAACUUGUUCGUCUUUCAGUCUAACCUUUGGCUGUACCUCAAGCUUCCUGAAGUCUUGGAAAAGAGCGGAAGACGCAAAAUCCGGAUAAAACUUCAUUUCCAAGAUCCUGCUAACCCGGCCAAAAUGAGCCUGGUGGAGAAGAGAGUGGAUAUCAGAAGGAGUGGUUGGCACACGUUUCCCUUGACUGACACCAUCCAAGCUCUUUUUGAGAAGGGUGAUCGUAGACUUAACUUAGAAGUGCAGUGUGAUGGCUGUGAGGAAUGGUCUGUAAACCCAGUGUAUGUGGAUCCAGGGGAGGAAUCCCACCGCCCAUUUUUGGUGGUUCAUGCUAGACUUGCGGAUAAUAAGCAUCGGAUACGUAAAAGAGGUCUUGAGUGUGAUGGACGUACAAACCUGUGUUGCAGGCAACAGUUUUAUAUUGACUUUCGCCUCAUUGGGUGGAAUGACUGGAUCAUAGCACCAUCGGGUUACUAUGGCAAUUACUGUGAGGGGAGCUGCCCUGCCUACUUGGCUGGCGUACCGGGCUCUGCCUCGUCCUUUCACACCGCAGUGGUGAAUCAGUACAGGAUGAGGGGUCUGAAUCCAGGGACAGUAAACUCCUGUUGUAUUCCAACAAAAUUAAGUACAAUGUCCAUGCUGUACUUCGACGACGAGUACAAUAUUGUCAAGAGGGACGUUCCUAACAUGAUCGUGGAGGAAUGUGGAUGUGCGUGAUUGGAGUGGAUAGACUAUGACCAAUUUCGCCGUACAACCAAUGGGAUAUUGUGUCACAGUGACGCUAGGGGGAGAGAUGACUUGAGACAAGUGCCAGUCUGGAGGCGCCCUAUGGUCUUCACAGGCAUCUUUAAAAACAUGGCUUAUGAGAUUGUCAGCUCAUAUGUCCACUCACUGAGACAUCCGUAACACUGUGACACCAGAGGGAGGAGAAUGCCAAGAGGUUUCCAUAAACCUUAUGGUCAACUGUAACGUGUCAAGGGAUGAAAACUAGCACAUUCCACAACAUCUUUCUUAAGUGACCAACUGAGGAGUUGGGCCUUCCUGGGUAAGGGGGUUCCAGCUUCCUGAGCUUUUUCUGUGACCCUCUUCCAGCACUUGCAGUGAGGAAUGUAUAGUUACAUUGUUGCUGAAUGACGGGCAGCCAAACAUUGGUCUUCCCAUAUUUGCUUCUUUUAUGCAUCUGACUAUGGAUUAACUGCAGAAUACAUGUGUCUGGAAACCAGCAAUGGAGCUGUGGAGCUUUUUCUACUGUAUGUGACUUUAUCUUAUGCACAAGCUGGCGUCUAAAGGAGACAAUGGAAGUGAAUGGAUAUACAGAUAUAUAUACUUAUAAAUAUAUAUAUAUUUAUAUAUUAUUUUUGUAACCCCUUUGAUAAUGCAAUGGCCUGCUAAAUCAUUGUUUUGCAAUUUCAUCUUGCACUGAGGGGUUUAAAAACAGGGAGAAUCCAGAUGAAGGUACAGAUGGAUAUAAAGAUCCCCUAAUGACAGGGUCGGGGCGGGGGGCUCCAGACAACACAGCACUUGCAAACCACUAGGUACCCAUUUCAACAGCAGCACUUGCUCUUCUCACUACCUGUAUUACGGUACUUGACAGUGCACUUAAUUUCACUUAACCCUUUCUAUGCUGCAGGGGCCACUCGCUGCAGCACAGGAGAUUAAAUGUACAGCUACUUAUUUUAACCUCGCCACACAAAUACUCAUGAUGUGACCGCAUGCGACACGUGAUGUUAGAGAGGGGAAGUCCUAGGUGUGCAAAUACUCACAUAUCCCUUUCAUAAGACAAAACAAUUGUUAUAACAGAUCUCGUGGGAAGGUCAGCAGUUCUGCAAGGUAGAAGAUUGUAUAUUUACAUAGUUGAUCAGAAUUUAAAAAAAAAAAAAAGACGAGAGUCUAUCAGGUUCAACCUACCUAUGAGAUCAGUAGCUGAUACAUUGUAUCAUCAGAACCAGGAUUGGUAUAGUAUUAAGGCAAGAGCCAGGAAGCCAAUGAAUCCUAUUGAUGGGGAUUAAAGCCAUCCCUAUAAUGUAUAUACAGUGAUCCCUCAACUUACAAUGGCCUCAACAUACAAUAGUUUCAACAUACAAUGGUCUUUUCUGGACCAUUGUAACUUGAAACCAGACUCAACAUACAAUGCUACGGACAGUCCAGAUCUGUGAAAUGUGUCAAUACCCGGAAGAACCGACCAAUCAGAAUGGACAUUUUACUGGUAAAACCCCUGUAUUACUGAAGUGUAUGAACUGACUGGCUGGUAGCGCCCCCUACAGUACAGGGAGGUAUUACAUGUUCUGUACUCUUUACCUGUAUUACUGAAGUGUAUGCACUGACUGGUGUCUGGUAGCGCCUCCUACAGUACAGGGAGGUAUUACAUGUUCAGUACUCUUUACCUGUAUUACUGAAGUGUAUGCACUGACUGGUGUCUGGUAGUUCCCCCUACAGUACAGGGAGGUAUUACAUGUUCAGUACUCUUUACCUGUGCCAUGGUUAGCUGCUCCUUUUAACACCAGGUGAGGACGGCUCCAUGUUACUUUUUUAGGACAUUGUGUAUUCUGUACAAAACCCUGAAGAAGCUCCUGUCCUCUACAUAGACCAGCAUUUCCCAACCAGGGUGCCUCCAGCUGUUGCAAAACUACAACU